AUGCAGCAAAAUGCAUACCCAGAACGCAUUUGUGUUUCAGACAGAAAUGCAGCUACUUCGUUGGCAUACCGUAUGCUAAGACAGCUGAAGAAAAUGAAGUCACAGUGGAGCAUUCCUUGGCCGAUGGCCACGGAAGCUAUUAUCAAAGGGACUGUCAAGCGAAAAAGGCCUGAACUUAUGCUGCACAAUGUCAUGGCUUUUGUUCAUUCUGGCUGA